CAAAUUUUCAAGUCAUCUGCGUAUAGGACCAUAGGGGAGUCGGUGAGCAGAGAUAUCUCAUUGACCUUGAGCAUACGGGAUAAUUUCAGCCCGUUAAUUAUGAAGAAUAACUACUAGGAAGAAUAUCAAGACUACUAAAAAUAAAGAGUUUUUCUUAUAACAUAAGCAUCAUUGUUUAGCAGGUGUAAUAUAUGUUCAUCCAAACAUGCCGUUUUAUCGCUGUUGAUAGGUUGAAGGCUGUGCGCAAGCGCUUUUGGCUCCAUAACGCUUUUUUAGCUUGAAAAGUUGCGUUACAGUUGCGGGUUCUACAGUUAUUGCGACGAGACAUCCUUAUUCCUGGAAAAAUAAUCUGGGUAAUUUCCCUUAACUGAGUCCUGAUACUAUUGCGUCGCUUCGCUCCAACGAAUGUCUCGUCCACCAAAUAAUUUUUCAUGGGUGUCGAGUUCUGUGGCUGGAUUCGCAUUUCCAUACGAAGAAUCUGAAAUGAAAUACUUAGUACAUGAUGCUGGGAUAUCACAUGUUAUAACUAUGUGCCAAGAGGCUCCCAGUUUCCCCUCUGAUUUAAAGAUGAAACAUUAUCACCUGCCAGUAGAAGACCUAUCUGCUGCAAGUUUACCUAUUAUUCAGAAGGCUAUGGAAAUAAUCAAACAGGCUGAAGCAAAAAAUGAGAAAGUUGGUGUUCACUGUCAACUUGGGAGAGGUCGUGCAGGAACAAUCUUAGCUUGCUAUCUUGCUUACAAAAAUAAUCUUAGUGGAAGUGAAGCUAUUCGAGAAUUGCGUCGUCUUAGGCCGAAAUCAAUUGAUGAAGAACAAGAAGAAGCCGUGAGAAAAUAUGCCAAAUAUAUUCAACAGUCAACUUUAAUUGGCUGA